UGGACACCUCUCUGAGCGGAGCGGCGGACAGGAGGCCUGUUGGCUUGGUGUCUUGAGGGAGAAAGAAUGGCUCAAGAGACGAAUCAAACCCAGGUGCCUCUGCUGUGUACCACUGGCUGUGGAUUUUAUGGCAGCCCCCGAACCAAUGGGAUGUGCUCCAUUUGCUAUAAGGAAUUUCUGCAGAGGCAACAGAGCAGUGACCGGAUAAGCCCAUCAGCAGCCAGUGGUCCCAACAGCAGCCCCAUGGCAUCAGACUCGAUUGCAGGGCAGCAUGCAGAAGGAGACUCCACGCCUGAGGAUGUGAAAGCCAGCGCUCAGACUCCUGUGACCCAUCAGAUGACAGCCAUGAGCAUAUCCAGAGAAGAAAACAGCAGCGAGACGGAAGGGUUCAUCAAGACAGAAGAAGGCACAUCAGCAUCUUCCUCAUCAGGUACUCUCCUUGAAACGUCCCAGAACACAGCUGAGAGCAAGACAUCUUCAGAAAAACCAAAACAGAAAAAGAAUCGCUGCUUCACAUGCCGGAAGAAGAUAGGGCUGACUGGCUUUGACUGCCGCUGCGGAAACCUGUUCUGUGCCAUUCACCGGUACUCAGACAUGCACGCCUGCCCCUAUGACUACAAGGCAGAAGCCGCUGAGAAGAUCCGGAAGGAGAACCCCGUCGUUGUAGCUGAGAAGAUCCAGAAGCUGUGAAUGGGGCUGAGCGGCGUGAACUACAGCCUGGUGGCCUGGUGCUCCCCCCAUCCUCCCAGCCUCCCUCCUCCUCCCAGCCCCACCAGUGGACAUGGGGAUCCAGCAGCACACGCAAACCAGCACCUGGACAGGGUGGCUCCUUGCACCUCCUUGGCAGAAGCAUGGUGUUCCUCCUCUCCCUGCAGUCCUACAGGGCUCAGCCGAUCCAUUUCUGCCCAGCUCCCAUGGGGAUAACGGCCCUCACACGCUCCACGUGCCACCUUGGCACUCGUCUUCUGCCGGGGCAGCGCAUGGGCGCGGGCAGUGGCGCUCAGCCGGCCAGCCCGUCCCUUCACCCCACGGCUCCAGGCCCUGCAAACUGCCUGGAACUCGUGGCUGGAGCCCCUGAGCUGCCCCCGGACUUCCCUCCCUCUGCCCCACCGUCUCCUCUUGCAGGACGCAGAAGGGGAAGCUGAGGGUUCCCAGCAGCAGUCCCACCCCUGCGCGCCGAGCGGUGUUCGGUCUCGGACGCAGAAAAGCGGAUUCUGUAGUUUUAAUGCCUCCUAAACCCCUCCCUUUCCUUUGAGAAGCUGUUGUUGAAGCAACUGCAUCCUUAAGCUGCAGAGUGUGGCACAGUAAAGUUAUUUUGUGGCUUGCCGUGACA